CCCAGACGUGAACUGUGACGCACUUCCUGUUUACAUGCAGUGGCGUGGCUUGUGGCAGCAUGGCAGUGACUCACACAGAUACUAGUGAUUCAGCUUCAGAGCUCACAGUGAGGCUUCCUAAUCACAUCACUGGGAAGGUAUGGUGACGGGUGCUGGGGUUGAGGGCUGGAGCAUUAAGGAGGUGGCUCUCUGGCUCAGAGAGCAGGGCUUCAGUGAAUACGUGGAGGUGCUUUGCACUAAGCACCGUGUGGACGGAGCCGCAUUGUUGUGUCUAACAGAACAUGACCUGCGAUCCCCACCCCUGCAGCUCCCGAGGCUCGGAGACAUCAAGAGGCUCGCACUUGCCCUGCGAGGGCUUCAGAGACAACACACACACUUACACACUCCACUCAGUGACUUUGGCUCAAAUGGUGUGUUUCUCUCACAUACCUCAGGAUCAAAACGCUGUUUAUGGAAUGGCAGCAUAGACAAAAACCACCCACAGUAUAAUGGGAUCGGCAUGGCGGUGUGGGAGGAGCAUUGUCACGGUUACACAAAUGGGAAAUGUAAGAAGGACUACGGCUACCUGGAUCCAGAGGGAUGGAAGACAGCUCUGAGCUCUGUCUACGUGAUGCUUGUGUUUGGCAUCACCUCCUUUGUCAUGGUGCUGGUGCAUGAGAGGGUGCCUGACAUGCGAACCUACCCACCUCUGCCUGAUAUAUUCCUCGACAGUGUACCUAGAAUUCCCUGGGCUUUUGCCAUGGCUGAGGCCUGUGCUCUCGUCCUGUGUUACAUAUUACUGCUAAUACUGCUGCUGCACAAACACAGAUCUAUUCUCUUUCGCAGAUUCUGUAGUUUAACAGGGACCGUGUUCCUGCUUCGCUGUGUCACCAUGUUCGUCACCUCCCUGUCUGUCCCUGGACAUCAUCUGCAGUGCUCAGGAAAGAUGUACGGUGAUAUCUGGGCAAAACUCCUGCGCGCAUUAGAGAUUUGGAGCGGCUUUGGCAUGUCCCUGACAGGGGUACACACGUGUGGAGAUUACAUGUUCAGCGGACACACAGUGGUUCUCACCAUGCUCAACUUCUUCGUCACAGAGUACACUCCACGUAACUGGCACAUUUUGCACACGCUGGCAUGGGUGCUGAACCUGUUUGGGAUCUUCUUCAUCCUGGCUGCUCAUGAGCACUACUCCAUUGACGUUUUCAUCGCCUUCUACAUCACCACUCGGUUGUUCUUGUACUACCACACGCUGGCCAACACGCGGGCGUACCAGCACAGCCGCCGAGCUCGCAUCUGGUUUCCCAUGUUCUCCUUCUUCGAGUGCAACAUCAACGGUCCCAUCCCCAACGAGUACUGCUGGCCCUUCUCCAGGCCUGCCUUCAUGAAAACACUCAUUGGCUAGAAAGAAAGUGUGUGUGUCACAGUUAGACUGUCUUGAUUGGUUGGCCGAUGGAUUUAGAUUGUUAAGGAGAAUAAUAUAUUUAUUCAGUGGUUCUUCUUUAGGAUGAAUGGCAGCAUUUGGUACUUUGCUGUCAGCUGAAGAGAAUCUUUUGUGUUGUGGACUAAAACACUAAUCUUGUUCUAGUCAGUACCAACUGGGCACAUUCCUAUGAAGGAGAACCGAAGUCCAGGGUUCUUUCUUAUCUCAUUUGGUAAUAAAUAUUUACAGUAGAACUGAAGAGCUGGCUAAAGAUGUAGCAUCGCACAUUACAGUACACUGACACUGAAACUCACAGUAGUUGGCUAAGAUGUGUUCAGCGCUGCACAAUAUCAGUUUUUUUAAUGUAUGCUUUUUUUUUUAAUGUAAAUGAUCUAACAAAAGUCUGUUGUUUACAGUGAUGGUGUGAGAAGUUUAAACUCCAGCAUGGUUUCAGCUUUUGUAUUCAAAAUCCUGGCUGUGAAUUUGAAGGAUUGCAUUUCUCCAUCUUCUCAGAGUAGCAGUGCUACUUUUUACAGAUAUCCUAAAAUCACAGAGGGUAGCUGUACUUAUUGUGGCUUUAAUAUAAAACAGUGGAGUCUCCACAACCUUUUUUCCCCAGAAGUAUUACCAAGUACAAUGCACAUAGUGAUGUUGUUACUCAAUGAGAAAGCUCAGGGUUUAAAAAAAAAAAAAAAAAGACAAAAAAAUCAACUCCCAGCUCCGUUUGUUUCACUGCACCCUGUUCAAACUGGAUGGUGUUUGACUCUUGACUGUUAGAAAGGCUGUUUCUAGUAGUCUGCUCUCUUUCUGUGACAUGCAAAUGGUUCUAUAUGUAGUAAUAAGUUCAGUUUUAUAUAUAAUUUUGAAUGAUCAUGUGCAGGACUCAUAGGAUGAUCAUGUGUGAGAGAAAGAUAAGAACAAAAAAAAAUGCUACAUUAAUAAAUAUUUCUAACACUGUA